AAUAAAAAGAACAUUUCCUCUAUGAUGAACAAUGAAACAAUCAAUUACAGAAGGGAGAAGAAAAAGAAUCAGCUCGUCAUUCUUUCUUUAACCGAGAGGAGCAGAAACGAGAAAAUGGACAGAAGAGACACCAGACUUCCAACUGUGAAGAUUUUUACACUGGCGCCAACUGCAUGCCAUUGGUACACCAACGUACAUGCCACCAUUGCUACUUACCCCAAAAAUGAUUACCAUGGCACCGGUGUGCUGUUGUGAAGCCAUUGUGACUUUUUGGACGAAAGAAUUCUAUAGAAGCAGCAAGCGGAGCUUCUAACAGAGCCCUCCUUCAUAAGGACUCCCGCCUUACCGAAAAAAUGAUUCGUAAAAAGAUUCUCCUUCAUGCUUAAUCCUCGGUGUCACGAGAGCCAGACGGCUCGGGGAAGAUCUCCUUGGAUUGCCUCCUGCGGGAGGAUGAAUGGUCCCCGUUGCUCCCGCCAGACGAUUUGAUUGUCUCUGAGCGCUUCAGAAUGUUGUCCUCCCUAGAAGGCCCUAUAUCAGACGAGUUAUGCCGCCAACUCCCAAAGAGUGCAGCGUUCCAUGAACCCCGUGACGAUGUUGCUCUUAACCUGCCCGAGUCAUUGCCAUUGUCUUCUCUCACCACCUUCAAAGGGUUCUCUAGUGCUUUUAGGAUGUACUUCAUUGGCGGGCGUUUAGAGGACCGAGGAUUCAAGCAGGACUUGGCAACAAUCGCCAUUGCCCAGACUUCCUCCAGAUGGUCCUCGUCAAUGAUAAGCGUUGGAUCAAUGAUCUUGCUCAUAAGCUCCUUCUCGUAAAUGUUAACGUAUCGCAGGGUGGCAUCAAGUCACUCGCUUGUGGAAGCAUCAUUUGAUGCACUGAUUCCAAGUCUCCCUGUCACCAGCUCCAGUAAAACUUUUCCAAAACAAUAGACAUCAUAUGGGCAAGUUGCAGAUGGGGAACCUGUUUACAGAGAGAAUUGGUCAAUUAACUUGCAUCAAAUAAAAAGUAGAAUUAGAGACGAUGUUCAAAGCAUUUAUCACAGACAGUAGAACAGUUGAAUCAUCAGCUUUAGCAGGAAACUGACUGAUGACCAAUCUUCAAUAUUAGAAAUGCUUGAAAGCAACGAAAGGUUGCAUGAACAAACUCACCAGAAGAACCUUGAUCUGCUGUCCUGCAUUCCCACAAAAAUAAAGCAUCAGAAGAUGGGAAGGGACUUUGGAUAUUAGAAAAUGAAACUACACAAGGAAGUACUUCAUCAUGUAACUUAUCAACUAAAACAAGGGUGCUACAUGUCCAUUCAUGCUAAGAUAUGGCAAGUGAAAUGAAACAGAAGGAAACAAAAUGGUUUACGAUUACCCAGGCUCUCAUGGCUCUACAAGCUCUAGUUUUGUCGCACUUAUUGAUACCAUUUAGAUUUUUGCAUAGCUACGUCACAGCAGGGUCAUCAAGAAACUGACUGGAAUAAUGCUGACAAGACGCUAUUUAAAUCCACCAAAUAUUCAUUUAUUCAUCCAAAAAGUAAUCCAUCUAAAUUCUUGCUAUAAAACAGGUAAAUACUGAUUUCAUGGUGAACACUUGAACAAAACUACCGUUAAAACCACAUGAUACAAUAGUGAAUCUUUACUACUCUAUAUGUUGAUACUGAGGGCGUCCACCAGCAUCAGCACGGUUCCGCCCUCGCCCUCCCCUCAGCCAAUCUCGCAGCGGCGCCCGCCCCCGACAUCCUCGCCUCCACCUCGCUCUCCAUGAAUGGAAGGCGCCAUUCAGGGAUCCUUCUUGUCCGCAUCCGCCAUCCUCGGGCUCGCCCCGCUCAAACACGAUGGGCCUCGCCCCUCGCCGCUGCGAGUUUGGCACUCGCCCCGACACCCUCGUCCCUCGCCGACAAUCCAGGGCUGCUACACCGGCCUUCCCCACGCGUCAUGGAACUCCCAUCAGCAUCGCUCGAAAUCCCGCAAUCCAAGCCACCCGAGCCAUCUGCGAUAAUAAAUCAUCCAACAUCCUCGCCCCAAAUCGACGCCAACCUCCCCCAUCGACGCAGAUGAUGGAGUUCCUUAAAGACCAUGCCACCCCAAUCCCCAUCACCCCCAAGCCACACGGACGCCGCGCCCACCCCCACGCGCUCCCAGUCCCGCAGCCCCCGAAGCGAGUUCCCCGCGACCCCUGCAUCUGCCCGCCGCGACAGGCGACGCGCAGACGCCGCGCUCGCCCAGCUCGCUCACACAGCGCCAGCCGCUGUCGCCCAUCAAAGCCGCCCCCAACCGUGACGUGCGAUCGGCGGCCAGAGCAGCCAAAUCUACCGGCCCGAUGACUGAAUCGACCGGUGCAGCGACCAAAUCUAAGGUCGGCGAGAAGGAGGCAGUCCCCUGGAGGCCGGAUCGGCGUACUUGGAGGCGGCGGGCUGCUGCUGGGGUUUCGCUGGAGGCUGCCGGCGUGAAGCACCAGCCACCAGGGCUAGGCAGGUGGAUAG